AACAGGAUUCUUCUCUUCUUUUUGGCCACUAAAUGCCUCUGUGCACCACACUUUCCAGUGAAGGAGGAAGGGCGGAGCUUCUUGGAUGACGAUGGACAUUCCACUGGGCAGGAUGAGGGCAGAGUGUGUGACAUCAGCACCACAAGGGUCCAGCGUGAACUCCGUCUCCCUUCCCAGCCAGCUCUCCGCCGCCUGUAUCCACCAUGGUGUUUGGUGAGAUCUUCCAUCGCCCUGGACAAGACAAGGAACUUGUCAACUUGAACGUGGGGGGCUUUAAACAGUCCAUCGACCAGAGCACCCUCCUGCGCUUUCCUCACACCAGGCUCGGGAAGCUGCUCAGCUGCCACUCGGAAGAGGCCAUCCUGGAGCUGUGUGAUGACUACAGCGUGGCCGAUAAAGAGUACUAUUUCGAUCGGAACCCCUCCCUGUUCAGAUACGUUCUGAACUUUUAUUACACGGGGAAGCUGCACGUCAUGGAGAAGCUGUGCGCGUUCUCGUUCUGCCAGGAGAUCGAGUACUGGGGCAUCGACGAGCUCUUCCUCGAUUCCUGCUGCAGGGACCGCUACCAGGAGCGCAAGGAGGAAAACCACGACAAGGGCUGGGACCAGAAAAGCAAUGAUGUGAGUGCCGACUCCUCGUUCGAAGAGUCGUCUCUGUUCGAGAAGGAGCUGGAGAAGUUUGACAAGCUGCGAUUCGGUCAGCUCCGGAAGAAGAUCUGGAUUCGCAUGGAAAACCCAGCCUACUGCCUGUCGGCCAAGCUCAUCGCCAUCUCCUCCCUGAGCGUGGUGCUGGCCUCCAUCGUGGCCAUGUGCGUCCACAGCAUGUCGGAAUUCCAGAACGAGGACGGGGAGGUGGACGACCCCGUGCUGGAAGGCGUCGAGAUCGCGUGCAUCGCUUGGUUCACCGUCGAGCUGGCCAUCCGGGUAGUUGCUGCUCCCUGUCAGAAGAAAUUCUGGAAAAACCCUCUGAACAUAAUCGACUUCGUCUCCAUUAUUCCCUUUUAUGCCACGUUGGCUGUAGACACCAAGAAGGAAGAGAGUGAGGACAUUGAAAACAUGGGCAAGGUGGUCCAGAUCCUUAGGCUUAUGAGGAUUUUCCGCAUCCUCAAGCUUGCCCGGCACUCGGUAGGACUUCGGUCUCUCGGUGCCACACUGAGGCAUAGCUACCACGAAGUUGGGCUGCUGCUUCUCUUCCUAUCGGUGGGCAUUUCCAUCUUUUCUGUGCUUAUCUACUCUGUGGAGAAAGAUGACCACACGUCCAGCCUCACCAGCAUCCCUGUCUGCUGGUGGUGGGCCACCAUCAGCAUGACAACCGUGGGCUACGGAGACACCCACCCAGUCACCUUGGCUGGGAAGCUUAUCGCCAGCAUGUGCAUCAUCUGUGGCAUCUUGGUGGUGGCCCUUCCCAUCACCAUUAUCUUCAACAAGUUUUCCAAGUACUACCAGAAGCAAAAGGACAUCGAUGUGGACAAAUGUAGUGAGGACCCACCAGAGAAGCAUCAUGAGCUCCCUUACUUUAACAUUAGGGACAUUUAUGCCCAGCGGAUGCAUGCCUUCAUCACCAGUCUCUCUUCUGUGGGCAUCGUGGUGAGUGACCCCGAUGCCACAGACGCUUCAAGCAUCGAAGACAACGAGGAUGUUUAUAACGUGGCAUCCUUGGAGAAUUGCACAGCAAAAUGAGCCGGGACAUUUGUGCCUGUACCUCGUGUCCCUUACCGA